AUACUGGAGAAACUAGGGGUUUUCUUGUUGUUUGGGGGUAAGGGUGAAGGGCUGUAAGUGGCAAUCCCUGCGUGCCGACAUGGCUUUAGAAGAAGUGUAGCCUUUUGUGCCGUGCUGGCGGUGGCAGGCGUAAGCAGUGAGCCAGUCUCGCCAGUCUCACGGUUGUGAAAUCUCUUUCCAAGCGCCGUUGCCCAGACUGUGUGGGUGAAGAGAUUUUUGGGAAGGCAAGCGAGCUUUGCUGAGCAAGGGCGAGACCAGAAGAGACCUCUGCAUGAAGACUGAGCUGCUGAAAGAUAUCACCAACAACAAGGAGGAAGGGUUUAAUGCUAUGGCCGCUGAUGAAAGUGCCAUAGAGAAGCAAGGCGGGGAACCAAAGAUGGCUCCAGACGGCGAAACCAACGGGUCCUGUGAGCGCAGCGCCGCCAAGACCCACCCCAACGCAGCGAAAAACCCUCAGGACCACGCGAAAGGGAGCCCGGGAGACUCGGCGGCCAAGCUGAGCAGGAUCGCCGAGAACGGCCUGUCGGAGCGCGACAGCGAGCCCGGGAAGCAGCACCACAUCCGAGCGAGUGACUUCACCCAGACCUCCGUCACGGGGAGCAACGGGUACGUGUUGCCUAAGCCGAUGGCUCAGGAGCUGCCCGUAAGGACUACCAGCGGCCCUUUUGCUGCCCUCACGGGCCACGCGGCAAAGACGCUCCCGGCAGGAGGCGGGAAAGGACGGACACUCGGCGCCUUUUCCCUGGCGCAGGCCGCCGUGCCCGCGAAGCUCGGGGAGGGCGGCAAAGACGCGGAGGGGAAGAAAGCCGCCGCGGCCCACGCCAACUUCAAGGUCCACCGAGCCCGGAAGACGAUGCCCAAGUCGGCCGCCAGCCUGCAGCAUGCAAAUAAAGACCCCAAAGAAGCAAAAGCACCCAAGGAGGAUGGUGGCAAGAGUGUGCUGGAGUUUGGGAAGCCCCCACCGAUGCCUUCUGUCCCUGGUCUUCAUUCAUCUCUACCUCAGAAUCAGAGCUAUGUAGCCGCCUCAAAAUCACAGACAGCUGCUUCAGUAUCUCGGAAGAAAAAACGAAGAAUGGGGACAUACAGCCUGGUUCCCAAGAAAAAGACCAAAGUUUUAAAACAGAGGACUGUGAUCGAGAUGUUCAAGAGCAUCACUCAUUCCUCUUCAGGUGGCAAGGGUGAGAAGGGUGAUGCCAGUCCUCACGUGAACGGGGAGAGCUUAGAGGUGGAUUCCGAAGACGACGACUCUGAUGAGCUGGAAGAGGAAGACGAGCGGGGAACUGAGCAGCCAGCCGCCUUUCCUGUGGAGGAGAACGGAACUGUGAAGGGGGGGUCUCCUGAUACCAGCAAUGCCAGAAAGAUCGUCGACGGAGAGUCCGAAGAGGAACAAGACUCUGGAGAUUCUGCAGAAGAGGAGGAAGACGGCGACGAGUCCGACUUGAGCUCGGAAUCCAGCCUCAAGAAGAAGCUGAUGAAGAGGAAAGGGAAGAUGGAGAGCCCUUGGUUGAAACCCACGCGGAAGCGACGGCGGCGAAGUAAAAAGAAGCAAGCCGGUGCGCUAGGUCCUGAAGCCUACAAGCCACCUCUGGGGAGCGGGGAAGGCGCCCAUCCGGAGAACAGCAUGGAAUACAUGGAGGUCUCUCUGGAUUCCUUGGAUCUCCGGGUGAAGGGGAUUCUAUCUUCGCCAUCAGAAGGUCUUUCUAAUGGCCCCGGACCAAUGGAAGCCGAUAGCCUCCAGGAAGUGCCUCUCUGCAGCUGUCGCAUGGAAACCCCCAAGAGCCGAGAGAUCACCACGCUAGCCAACAACCAGUGCAUGGCGACGGAGAGCGUGGACGCAGAGCUGAGCCGGUGCCCGAACCACGUGCUGAAAUACGAACUGAUGCGCCCCUCCAACAAAGUCCAGCUCCUGGUGCUGUGCGAGGACCACCGAGGGAGGAUGGUGAAGCAUCAGUGCUGCCCGGGCUGCGGCUUCUUCUGUGCGGCGGGGACCUUUAUGGAGUGCCAGCCAGAGGGCAACAUCUCACACCGGUUCCACAAGAGCUGUGCCUCCCAGGUCAAAGGCCUGAGUUACUGUCCCCACUGCGGGGAGGAGGCCUCACAGGCCAAGGAAGUGACCGUCGCCAAGGCGGACACCACCUCCACGCUGUGGCUGACCUAUGAGGCGAAGAAGCCCGGGCCGCCGGAGGGAAGGGCCGACACGACCACAGAAAGCUCAGAACUGUCUACUCUGACUGGCAGCGGCUUUCCAGGGCUUCAGGCAGGAGUCUCUCCCAGCCCUACUUGGAGAAGCUGCCAGGGAGUGAACCGGGGACUGCCUGCAUGCCAAACAGAUGCUCUACCGCUGAGUGGGACCGGAACGCAGACACCGGAGGAAGGCAGGCCAGAGAGUUCCUCUGCCGACGGCUUUGAUUUGGCCGGGACAUCCAUCUUCCCCAAACCUGGCCUGCCCCAGGGACCCGUGAAGGAAACCCUGGAAAGCGCUUUGAUCGCCUUGGAUUCUGAAAAACCCAAGAAAUUGCGGUUUCAUCCCAAGCAGCUAUACUUCUCAGCCAGGCAAGGGGAGCUGCAGAAGGUUCUUCUCAUGCUGGUGGACGGGAUUGACCCCAACUUCAAAAUGGAGCACCAGAGUAAGAGGACCCCUCUUCAUGCCGCGGCAGAGUCUGGGCACGUGGACAUUUGCCACAUGCUGAUUCAGGCUGGCGCAAACAUAGACACCUGCUCCGAGGACCAGAGGACCCCGCUGAUGGAAGCGGCAGAAAACAACCACCUGGAGGCGGUGAAAUACCUCAUCAAGGCCGGCGCGCUGGUGGACCCUAAGGACGCCGAAGGGUCCACCUGUUUGCACCUGGCUGCGAAGAAGGGCCAUUAUGACGUGGUGCAGUGUCUCUUGCUGAGUGGGCAGAUGGACGUCAACUGCCAGGACGAUGGAGGCUGGACACCCAUGAUCUGGGCGACCGAAUACAAACACGUCGAGCUGGUGAAGCUGCUGCUGGCCAAAGGAUCAGACAUCAACAUCCGAGACAACGAGGAGAACAUCUGCUUGCACUGGGCUGCCUUUUCGGGAUGCGUCGACAUUGCCGAGAUCUUGCUGGCCGCCAAGUGCGACUUGCACGCGGUGAACAUUCACGGGGACUCCCCCCUGCACAUCGCCGCCCGGGAGAACCGCUACGAGUGCGUGGUCCUCUUCCUCUCCCGCGGCUCGGACGUCACCCUGAAAAACAAGGAGGGGGAGACCCCCCUGCAGUGUUCGAGUCUGAACUCCCAAGUCUGGGUCGCUCUGCAGAUGAACAAGACCCUCAAAGAAUCGACUCCCGACAAACCUGCCCAGACGGAGAAGAUCCUGAGCAGAGACAUCGCCCGAGGCUACGAGCGGAUCCCGAUUCCCUGCAUCAACGCCGUGGACAGCGAGCCUUGCCCCACCAACUACAAAUACGUCUCCCAGAACUGCGUGACCUCCCCCAUGAACAUCGACAGGAACAUCACUCACUUGCAGUACUGUGUGUGCAUAGACGACUGCUCGUCCAGCAAAUGCAUGUGCGGCCAAUUGAGUAUGCGCUGCUGGUAUGACCGGGAGGGCCGGCUUCUGCCCGAGUUCAACAUGGCCGAGCCGCCUCUGAUCUUCGAGUGCAACCACGCCUGCUCGUGCUGGAGGAAUUGUCGGAACCGCGUGGUACAGAACGGGCUCCGGGCCCGGUUACAGCUUUACCGGACGAGGUCUAUGGGCUGGGGCGUGCGAUCCAUGCAGGACAUCCCGCUGGGAACCUUUGUGUGCGAGUAUGUUGGAGAGCUGAUUUCUGACUCAGAGGCAGACGUCCGUGAAGAGGACUCCUAUCUUUUUGACCUUGACAACAAGGAUGGCGAGGUGUACUGCAUCGACGCCCGUUUCUACGGCAACAUCAGCCGCUUCAUCAACCACCUGUGCGAGCCGAACCUCAUCCCCGUGCGCGUCUUCAUGUCCCACCAGGACCUUCGCUUCCCAAGAAUCGCCUUCUUCAGCAGCAGGCACAUCCAAGCCGGAGAAGAGAUCGGGUUUGACUACGGCGAGAGGUUCUGGGACAUCAAGGGCAAGUACUUCAGCUGCCAGUGCAGCUCCCCCAAGUGCAGGCACUCCAGCGCCGCCCUCGCCCAGCGGCAAGCGAGCACGUCCGCCCCCCAGGAGGCCCCGGAGAACGGACUCCCCGACACCAGCUCCGCAGCAGCCGUGGCGGCCGCCCCCUUUUGAAAGCCCUCUCCUCCUCUCUCUCCCUCAAUCUCUCACUCUCCUUUGGCACCCUCCGAGCCCACCGAUGGUUCUGCAUUUCUCUUUUCAAGAAAGGGUGCCCCCCGCGAGGAAAGGAAACUCGAGAGCUUUCGGCAGCCGGGCCUCUGGAGCUGCCGAGACUGUUACUUGAGGAACGGACGGGAGCUUCAAGCGGCCACCCGCCUCCAACCCCACAUGCCGGCAAGCAGCUGGCUUCGCAUCGCAUCGCAUCGCAUCUCCGAGGCGGGGAGGGCCUGCUCCGAUUCUUCCGUGCCGAACGACCCGACCCGUGCGGCCUCUCGUAAUGCGACCUGUGUUCUCCGAGCCAAGGGAGAGGUGGCAUCCCCUCUCUUCCUGCCCCUCUUGGAGGGACAGCCAUUGAAUGGACUGAUCACGCCAAGUAUCUCCGGUUCCCCCGUAACAGACUCUGAAUUCUUGACGGUGGGAAGCGCUUGCGCAGCCAAGCCCUUCUUCUUGGCGUGGCCCUGGGGCGGGCGUUGUUAACCGUUGAACGUCCUUGUCGUCAUCCCGCAAGUCAGAACGAUGGCUUCUCUUGAACCGGUGCCUGCCCGUGGCCUGUUCAGUUUCUUUGCACCCCACCCCGUUUUUAAUUUGUCCGGGCCUGGCAGAUGUCCUCCCGAGUCCUACUGGGGCUUCUCCGUUACAGACUGGCUUUAGGGCAUGUCCUUUGGUUCAGUGUUUCCCCACCAGCGGAUCUGUAUUCCUCUUCCAUUGUGCUAGGAAGUUUCUAGGGAAAUACCUUCUAUGACACUAAUUUGUAAAACGAAAAGGAACCCCUUCCCCCCCCCUUCUUUCUUUCUUUCUUUCUUUCUUUUUAAAACAACAGCAACAGAAGAACUGGCAUUUAUAGAAUUUCUCUUCCAGGCAUUUCUCAAACGGACGCUCAGACUGAGCACACAGAGGAUAUGGCGUGUGAGAAGAUAAUUUGUGCCAUCCCCUCCUUCCGGGCCCAAUCCUUCCCCCCCUUCCUCCCCCCACCUCCACCCCGUUCUUUUUUAAGCGACGCAUUAUGAAGUUGGAACGAACUGAUUUAUUUUUUACCAUUUGAGGGUGGAACUUGAAGACCUCCGAAAGAAACCCAGCCCCCUGUCCCUUCACUCACCCAAGCAACUAAACGGUGCUGACUCUAGUGUGAUUUUUACUCACUACGUGAAUAUAAAAUUUAUCAAUUGUAUAAAAAGAAAAAAGAACAAAGUGAUUUUAGUAUAAAAUGCAGGAGGGGGGAAAACCCCACAAAACCUUUUUUUAAAUUGUUAGUAUUGUAGUGUGAAUAAAUUUGCCAUCACCUUUUGUGUGGUGGCAGAAAGAG